AUGUUCUCUUGCGCAAACUACCCUCGCGGAUGCCGCGGCCGUGCCAACCAGCAAGGAGCGAAAUGCCCUGACUGUGUCACAUUGAACUUGCGCCGACCAGCCUCAUCCUCCCCCUUUGCUCAACCCAGAGACUACCGCCGCGCACUACCAUCUGAAAUCCUCCAAAACUCACCAUACCGGGCGAUUGCCAGAGAGAUGGUUUAA